AUGGCUACAUCACUUGCUAUCGCGUUGCUCCUCGGCGCUGGCACGCUUUACAUAUCAAGGUCUUAUAUCUUUUCAAAUUCUGAGUCUGAUGACAAAACAACGACAUCUGAAGAAGACGACCAUUCUUUGCUCAAGAACCAUGUUGCGUCUCGCUGCUAUGAGACCGAGCAUGCUACCUAUCCUUCUAUCAGAACUUUCUAUCACCCACACGCCCAUGCUGAAAAACUUCAGGCUAUAGCGGACUUGCCUCUACUAGUCUUCAUUCAUGGGCUGGGUGGUUCUUUGCCUCAAUUUACGCCGCUUUUCGGUUCGUUGGUCAACGUCGGCCCAUGCUUCGGCAUAGAACUACCCGGUCAUGGUGCGUCCUCGUUCGCUCCCCGGGACUACAAAGCGUACUCAUUUCAGGCAUUUGAGGCCUUGUGGCGGAAGGCAAUUACAGAUAUCUGUCGUGAGAAGGGUCACAAAAAGGUUGUAUUUGUGGCACACAGCCUGGGUUGUUCCAUUGCGGCAUCUCUUGCAACAGAUUCAGAGCUAUCCAUCUCAGUUGAAGGAAUCGUUGGAAUCUGCCCUAAGGCGUGUCCACCAACGCAAUCUCAGGUGGUCUCGGCCCGCAAGUUCCUCUCUCUGCCAGACUUCGCUCUGGAUGCACUGCGAUUCCUCGACCGAAAAGGGGGCGUCAAUUCAAAGAGCGUUGAAAGGAUGGCUGGUAAAGGCGCUAAGAUCGAUCUUCGUCGUUUACAGUUGUCCUUCAACAAAAGCUUCAAGACUCCUGUAUGGAAACGCUCAACACUCGGCUGCCUGCCGCAAUACGACGAGGCUGGUAUUCCGCACGGCGGAAUACCCGGUGAAGAAGUAUGGUCACGGAUCAAAGUCCCACUUUUCCUGAUUGCAGGCGAGUCCGACACAGUGACAAAGGCAGAAGAAGUGCAAACAAUAAUUUCAUACUUGCGCAGGCCAUCUCAAACCAACAUCAAAAUGACCACAGCAGCGAAAGCCGUCCCAGUUGCGGACGAUUCAAUAACGAACAAGACCAUGUCAAGCGUUGAUGAGUCUGACGCCAACGCCACUGCCACCACCUCCACUCCGGAGGAUGACCAGACAGCAUCUGACCACCACUACGGGACUCUCCCGUCAACGAGCGAAAUGUCUAGCCAUAAUGCCGCGAUUGUCAAAACAGCUGUCCUACCCUCUCCAGCCGCCCAUGCUCUGAUGUAUGACCAUAGCACGUACCGCACUGUUGCAGGGCUGAUCGAGGACUUUCUUUCUCGUUACGUCUCCCCACAACUCAGUCUAGGCUGGCAACUCCAACAACUCACAACAUCCGGCAAAUGGGACGUCAAGAACUUACAGAAAUGGCAGAACGUGAUGCCUGUGUCAGGACCCAUAGGUCCAAACGGUCUCUUUCGCGCGCUCAAGACAUUGCGCGAACAAGAUCCCGUACACACACCGAGCGUCUUUCUAAAGAACUGGCGCGACCGCAUCUUCGCCGUUAUCGACAUCUCCCACGAUAGUCCCGUCUACGACACCCAGGCCCUCGAACGCGGCGGCAUAGAGUACCACAAGUUUCCGACAGUGAGUAAAGUGCCCCCCACGCCUGUCGAGGUUAAGGACUUCAUUGCCCUCAUUGACCGGCUACGGGGCGAGCCAGGCCACGACGAUAAAGCGAUCGGCGUACAUUGCCACUACGGGUAUAACAGGACGGGGUUCUUCAUUGCGUGCUAUCUCAUCGAACGAGAAGGGUACAAGCCGCAAGACGCACUAGACGAGUUUGCCACGGCAAAACCACCCGGAAUCAAGCAUGAUCAUUUCAUUGACACUUUGUUCAUGCGUUACCAUGUCGGACUGAGACGGGCAAGUACGAUAAAGUAA